AUGGUGACCUUCUCUGAAACAACACAGGUCUCCCCCAUGGAGCUGCGUGAGCCGACUUGUCUGACCGCGACCCUGUCCCCGGGGCUGCGGCGGAAAAAGAUGCUGUGGCAGAACGCUGUAAAACACAUUAUUAUCCAGCAGGAGCUCAGCGCCCAGGUGGGUGUGGAACCAGCAAGUAAAAUCUUUGUGACGGAUGCCUACAUGGAGGAGAUCAACAGACAAAUCCGCAACAAGGCCUCACGCGGGGUCACCAAACGCCGUUCCUCCACAUUUAGAGUGCACCCCUCCCAGUCUCGUGGCUCCACCAGCACAUGCAACAGUGUCAGGGGUUCUUAUAAUGAAUACGCCAGCGAUGCUGACUUCUUUGUGCACUGGGGCCACACAAUUCAUGGAGUCUACAUACCCACCCUGAGGCACACCUUCAAGUCUCGUGAUCUGGAGAAACUCUACCAGCAACACUACUCUCACCAAAGACGUAACUCUCUAGCCUUCACAAAUGUAAUCGAUGCAGUCGCCAAGCUACACGUGUUGGUUCUAUACUUGGCGUUGGCACCUGAGGCGGUCACAGACACUCUGCGUGUCUGCCUGACAGGCAUUUUCAUGGUGUUAGCUGUAGCGCUGUGCAUUGUGGUGUUAUCCUGCAAAGACUCCAUGUCCCCACGGUGGCUCCAUUACGCUGGUUUAGCUAGCUGGCUGUCUCAGACAAUACAGGUGCUGGGAGGACUGGUGUAUGGACUGGAAAAAGAUCCAUCGUGGUACGUUUUGUUCACGUUGUUCGCCACAUACACGCUGCUGCCAUUACCUCUGCUGUGGGCCAUAUGCGCCGGCACACUCACUUCAGUACUGCACCUUCUGCUGGAGGUGAUGCACUACUACAAUGAUGGCGUGAUUUUGAGAAAGGUGUUUGCCAAAGGCCUGCUGUACCUGGGUAUGAACACAGCUGGCUUGUUCAUCCACUACCUGACAGACCACGCUCAGCGGCAGGUCUUCCUGGAGACACGGCGCUGCAUCGAGGGUCGCCUCAAACUAGAGCAAGAGAACCAGAGACAGGAGCGUCUGGUGCUGUCGAUCCUGCCUCGCUUUGUUGCCUUGGAGAUGAUCGCUGAUAUGAGCUCUAUGGAAGAUGAGCUCAAUCCUCAGGAGUUUCACAAGAUUUACAUUCACCAGUACAAAGAUGUCAGCAUCCUUUUUGCAGACAUCAAGGGCUUCACACUGUUGUCCAUGAACCUGUGCCAGGAUCUGGUCCGAACCCUCAACGAGCUCUUUGGACGCUUUGACCGACUGGCAGAGGAGCACCACUGCCUUCGGAUAAAGAUACUGGGAGACUGUUACUAUUGUGUGUCAGGUGUCCCUAAGCCACAGCGUGCCCAUGCCCGUCAUUGUGUUGAGUUGGGCCUGGCUAUGAUCAACACCAUACAAUACGUGCGGACGCAGCUGAACUUUGACAUGAAUAUGAGGAUCGGGAUCCACUCAGGUUCUGUCCUGUGUGGGGUGCUGGGCCUGCAGAAAUGGCAAUUUGACGUCUGGUCCUGGGACGUGGGCAUAGCCAACAUGCUGGAGGCUGGGGGCAUACCGGGACGCAUCCACAUCUCAAGGGCGACCCUGGACUGUCUGGAGGGCACCUACAAGACAGAAGCCGGUCACGGCCGUGACAGGAACGAGUUUCUGCUCAAACACAACAUCGACACGUUCCUCAUCUGCCAUCAGGAGGAAACGAACAAAGUCGAUCCUGCUGAGCCCCCCAAAGUCCAGAAAAAAACAAAUCGAACCUAACCAGAGCUGCCUUUUCGGAACGUCAUCGACAUGAACAGUAUCCUCGCCUCCUUCACCAACGGCUCAGUGCCCAACAUAUGGCAUUCCACCUCCAAGGAGAUAAACAAACGUAUCAAGCACGCCAUUGAGGUUCGAAGCAGUGAUCGUAUGCACAGGGAGCACAUCACUCCUCUGACUCUGGUGUUCAAAGACACGCACAUCGAGGACAAGUUCUCCCAGAUGAGAGAUGAGAUGUUCAACUCCAACCUGGUCUGCUCCUUCAUCAUGCUCCUCUUCCUCAUGGCUGUCAGGCGCUUAUUCCUGCGCCAGAGGCUGUACCCGGCUGUCCUCCAGUUCUCAGUCUUCCUGCUCGUCUACCUGCUGCUGCUGCUGUUGGCCCUGGCUGAAGAGUUCAGGAGCACUCCUAUACUACUGCAGCACUUCUGCUGCUGGAUCCAUGAAAACAACAGUGCUCGCAACCUCCUCACCCUCACCGCCAUUAUCAUGAACUUUGGGUUGGUCUCAACUGACAUGGUAUGGUGCAUUCUCACAGACACAGGGGAGGCUGAGGUAAUGGACAGAACGAACACAGCUGCACGUCCACUCACCAUCUGCACUUACCCUGAGGUCUUCGUAUUGAGUGGUGUUAUCGCCAUGGUGACCUGUGCCGUGUUCCUGCGUCUGAACUCUCUGCUGAAGCUGGCGGUGUUGCUGCUGGCAGUGGCUGUUUACUCCUACCUCAUCCACCUGGCCUUCCUCACACUCACACGCCAUGAUAUGCUACACAAGUCUCACUAUGUCAGGAGAAAGGGAAUCUCCAUCCUUCUUAUGGUCAUGUUUAUUGUUGCUGUGUUCUACAAUGGACGGCAGUGGGAGGCCACUGCCAGACUAGACUUCCUGUGGCGUCUACAGGCCCAACAGGAAGUAGAAGACAUGAGGGAAUUGCGGGAACACAACGAGUGUUUACUACACAACAUCCUGCCUGUGCAUGUGGCACGACACUUUCUGGACCGGAGCAAGAAUGAUGAGGAGCUUUACUCGCAGUCCUACGAUGAAGUUGGUGUUAUGUUCGCCUCCAUUGCUGGAUUCAAUGAGUACUUUGAGCAGAAAGAGAUCAAACAUGAGGGAGUGGACUGCCUUCGACUACUGAACGAGAUCAUUGCUGGCUUUGACGAGUUGCUGGAGGAGUCCUAUUUCCACUAUGUGGAGAAGAUCAAGACCAUUGGGAGCUGCUACAUGGCAGCCUCCGGGUUGGCCCCAGACAAACAGGGAUCUAUGGAUGAAUGGAAUCACCUGAGCGAGCUGGUUUUGUUCGCGCUGGCAAUGCAAGAGACCUUGAGAGAGAUUAACAGGCUCUCUGCCAAAAACUUUCAGCUGCGUGUGGGCAUUGCCCAUGGGCCGGUAGUGGCAGGGGUGAUCGGUGCCACCAAGCCCCAGUAUGACAUCUGGGGGUCGACAGUGAACCUGGCCAGCCGCAUGGACAGCACAGGCGUGAGCGGGCGCAUCCAAGUACCUGAGGCCACGCGCAGGAUCCUGGCAGAGUGGGGUUUUGUGUUGGAACUACGUGGAGAAAUCUUUGUCAAGGGGGUGAGCGAGCAGCAGGGCAAAGUCCGCACCUAUUUCAUCAGCAACAUGCGCAGCAAGAGGGCCAACCUUGGAACAGAUGGUCGCAUGGGGGGGCGGACAGGAGGACGCAUGACGCUUGCAGGAGUGGUGUUUGGUCUCGUCCAGGCCAGACACAAGGAAAAGAUGAGAGAGACCAAUGGGGGGUUCGGUCUGAAACCCUGCACCCUUUGA